UCGACUCGGGCGCCUCCACUAUUGUUGCAGUGCAUUUCUCUCACGUGGGAACCGCUUGUGCUAUACCGCACUGUUCACAAGCAACCGCGGUGUCGAAAACACGUAAUGACUCCUUAAUUUCUUAUCAGAAAACACGUCUUGUGAUAUGAAGCUAAAGCAUGUAAAGUGAACUAAAAUUUCCCGGUGAUGACUGUUGAGUGAUGAUCAAAAAUAUAUUUAGUGAUCGAAGUCUUAACCUAAUAAGAUAAUCGGAUAUUAUGGCUUUUUUGUUGAUGUUGCCAGUAUUGCUGCUUGCUGGCACAGCGAAGUAUAAUUGUGAACCCGUUUCCGGCUUUGACUAUGCUCAUGGAAAUGGCCCAUCACAGUUCGGAGAUCUCUUAAGGCCACCACCACCUCCAUUACCAAUUGCACCAGCACCUUUUCACGGAGGGAAACCACAGCAACAAAUUAAGGAAUUCAGAUACCAAUAUCAAACAACAUAUUCUCCUGCUGUUUCAACAAUUCCUCCUUCUUCGGAGUUCAAAUUCCCCGCUCCUUUUUACAAACAAUACAACUUUAACUUCGUUCCUUCACCCCAACCUUUUACAACCACCCCUUCACCAACCUUUUUUCAGAAAAUAUCCGGAUGGCUUUUCCCAUCUCAACAAACCGCUGCCGAAGGAUCUAAAAUUAAUCUUGAACCAUUCAAAAAAGAUUGCAAUCCUUGCAAUUUAGUGCCAUGGGUUCCAGUGAUAAAAUAUAACUUAGGAAAUAAAAAUGUCCAAGAAAGCAACAGUCCAACGUACAGGCCUUCCGGUCCGACUUCUCUGGUCCAAAACGUAGUGCAAUAUCGACCCCAACCAUUUAACUUUCAGAGAAGUCAAGAACAUAAGACAAAUGAAGUAAUAAACAAACCUCAUGUAUUUUAUGGUGUACCUGAACAAUCUCAAUUAAAUGUAAAUCCCAGCUCAACAUACGGACCUCCAAGCGCUUCUCAGCAAAUAUCAAUAUCAGCACAAAAUUCUUUAAGCUCUAUACACUCAGUCAGUUCUUCAUAUGGUGUCCCCAAAACCGCAAGUUCUUCGUUUCGACAAUUAAGUUCAUCUUAUGAACUUCCCAAUACCUACAGCUUCACAACUUCUACAUACAGUCCAAAUACUUAUGGUACACCAUCCAUUGCCUUUGAUUUUAGUCAAAAAGUGACAACAAAAUCUCCCGUAAAUAUUCCGGGAGUUACACCAGUUGGACAUGAUUUAGACAUUUUGAAUGUAGUGACACCUCCGAAUCAUAUACAGUUACCCAAUAUAGGGUAUCCAAAAGGUUUUAAAAAUUCAUAUGGUGAAGACAUUAGUAAUACUAAUGCAUUGAAUAUACCUUACACAUUUACCUCGCUAGAAGCUGCAUCAAGUAAAAUUCAACCCCAAGUAAUAACUAAUAACAUUGUCAAAUCUUUUGAACCGAAUGUUUCUAUCGCACUGGCUAAUCCUGCUCCCUUUACCUUAAAUAAAGGAAGGAAUAUACAUACUUUGCAACCAGUUGCUCUACCAAAUUUAAGCGUUUCCCCUCUACCUCCUAUUUUCAAUGCACGACCUUUCCGCCCAAUAUCCUCGUCAUUCCCAACAGACGUAAUUUAUGGGAUAAAUCACAUGAAGAAAACAUCCGAAAAUGUUAAUGUAGCUCAAAGCGUUCCUAUUGCAGAGUUUGUACAUUCAAUAGAAUAUCCAACUACAAUUAUUCAAUCGCCAGUCAUAGAGAUAGACGCUACAAAAAGUGCAAAUCAUAAUAAAACCUACAGAAAUAUACCAAACAGCUACGUGAUAGAUGAGGUCAGAGACAUUACCCCUCAAGCUUCAGAGGAUCAUAUUUCAUCAGCAAAAGUAAACCAAGAUGUAAGUUUUGAAACAACUGGUCUUGAAACGGGUAAUAAUCUCUAUGAAAGUGACUUACCCACAGAUAUGAGACAAAAUCCUCACAUUCCAUCUAAUCAUAGACAAGUAUUUGCAGACUUAAGGGGAGUGAACGAUGAAGACCUAGAUAGAUAUCGAACAGAAAGUAAUCUUCAAUAUAUUGAUUCCCCUCUUCUUUACUUAAAACCGAGCGCACCACAUAAGAAUUUUGAAAAUUUUGUAACAGCAGCUUCUACACCUUCAUCAAUGAGCAUUGGUCAAAACGACUACGAAAUUUAUGACGAGAUUGUAACAACUCGUGCGCCUAUUCAGACUACAACUAAAGAUAAGUAUGAUACGCGGCAAAAUAAUCAAAAAGAUCUAUCAAGUGCAUCAGACGGACGUGAAAGUCAACCGAAAAUAGUGCAAAUAAUUGUACCUUAUGUAACUGAACAAAGUCAAAGAAGUAACAAUAAAGAGAUGCGUUCGGUUUCUCAAGAAGCUCAACCAUUUGUGACAAAAGAAGAGCAUCUGGGAAGAAAAGUCCCUUCGAAUACAGAAAUUUCAUACUUUAACACUGCUAUAGAAACUUCGACACUACCAACUACAACAACAGAUCAUAUUUCAACGGUAACAGAAGAACAUAAUUCAGAAAUAAAUAACACACCGACGGUCUUGAACGAUUUCUACGACGUUAAAGAGCCACCAUUCGAUAUUAUUAAAUUACAACAUACUAUUGAUGAUUGGACAGAACAAGAAUAUUCUAAUCAUUAUUCAACACCUGACAAGACUAGAUCUAAUGAAAAGUAUGCUAAACAAAUUCCUGAUGAUUUUUUCACGACAGUAAUUCCACCACAAGAUCAUAAAGCCACCGAAUAUAAUUACGAGGAUUAUGAUCACGAAGGUUCGAGCAGCGUGCAACAUUCUGUCACUGAAACAAGAAAUAAUACUUUAUCCAAAUCAGUAAAAGAAUAUAAUAUUAUAGAAAGGGCCAAAAAUAAACAAUUAAUAGAAAAAGGGGAAGAUCCAGACGAAAAUCAAAAACCGCGUAUUUACACUGCAGCGUCAUCUUUCCGCAGUUCAACAACAACACCUGCGCCUUGGGGUUUGAUACAAACAUCAAUAUCUCCACUUACCAAAGAAAAAGUUUAUGUAGUAACAUCAAAACCUUGGAGUGAAAAAACUCAAACUGCAACCGAAAUCGUUCACGAAACAGAAAAAGAGCAAAAGUUUGAAUCCAAGAAAAUCAAUAGUAAUAAUUAUGAUGAAUUCACGUUGGAUAACUUUCCAUUUACGUCACCGAGAUUCUCGAAUCGUCCUUCCUUUGGAUUCACUGCCUCCGGUCCGGUUUCUUUGGAUUCUAUAAAGUCAGACUCAUCUUAUGGCUUUUCCAAGGGCUGGCAUCAAAGCAUAAACAAUUUGCGUAGUCUUUACGCUAGCGAAAGCACGCACUCAUCGGAGGGUUCUGACUCGUGAUGACAGAUAUUAAAUUAACACGAAUAAGGUUCCAGUGAAAAAUAAAGAAAUGGAAGAACUUUUAUUACAUUCAGGGACACGAAUUGAAGUCACAAACAAAACCAAAUAAUUAGGAUUGUGUGUGUGAAAUUUUCAGUGCAAGACAUUUAUGACGUGUAUAAAAUUACAAAGACUAUAAAUAAUUAUUAAUCAAUUAAUGUAUGUAGUUAUAGAAUACAACGCUACCGUGGGGUUCCACGGCUGAAAAAUUAAUACAUAUUACUAGCCCUCGUAUUAUCUCUGAGAUAUCAAUAUUAUUCAGCAGUAGAAUCUCACGGUUAUCGAACAAAUUAAGGAGAACACGAAACAUACGUGUUCUCUUUUAUUUGAUCCUGAUAUUUUUAUGCAGAUGAAUUAAUUGGAACCAAGAUUGUAUUGUAUUUAAUUUUUAUUAAUUUGAAAAUACAAACAAUAAAUUUCUAGGUUAAUUUUUCAUUUUGGUAUCCAAAGCGUUGUUAACCAAUGAAUUACUAAAGUAAC